UUCCAUAGGUGUGAGGCAGCCGGUGGUCCUGAUGGGGGCAAUAUCUCAGUAUCUGCUUACUCGGCUGGUUAAUGUUUCUCUGGGAGAUGACGGUGUGGACACUGUUGAAGAAACUCUUUUUCGAGUUCUGAAACAUCUGGAUUAUUAUCGGCUUGCCAGCAUUGAAGUGAUCCUGGAGAUCCAAGCUGACAAGAUCAGCCUGAGAGACAGAAACAAUGAGGAAUUGGAGGCAUUUGAUUUAUCUUCAGUCCUCCGGUGCGACUGCAUAAAUCCUUCAUCUCUCCACGAUCCAUCUCUUCUUCUGCUGGUUUGUCAGAGCUCCACCCAGAAGAUGCCCAGUGUUUAUUUAUUCAGCUGCACAACAGUCAGGGCGGAGCGCAUUCGAGAUGACAUCAAGCAAGCUGUGUCGCAUCGAGAGAAUAGGUGUUUUGAACCCAAUAUGGAUGUUUCGGGAAUUCCAAGCCCUCCGUACAGUCAAGUCCACAUGCCGCCCUCAAAUCACCCCCCUCCACCUUACCCGGGCAUCAAAGCUAAUGGAUUAGUAAACGGUCAGCCUGAUAAGUCAUUCCUCAAAGCUCAGUUAGAGGUGGAAAUCCUCAAUCAUUGUUUUGAUGAUAUUGAAGCAUUCAUGGGAAAGCUGCAGCAGUCAGCAGAAGCUCAGAUGAUCCUCAACCAAAGAAGCAAAAAACAGAAGAGAAGUCAGAGGAAAAGUGCAGAUGAGGAUCUUCUGACAGCAAAAGCUAAACCACCAUCUGAGAAAGAUUUCAUCGACACAUUUCAGAAAUUUAAAUACAGUUUUAGCUUGUUGUCAAGGUUAAAAUCCAUCAUCUCCAAUCCCACCGCAGAAGAGCUCGUGCAUCACGUCUUCAAACCUCUCGACAUGAUUGUGAAGGUAACAGGAGGUCCGGGCUUAGCUGGAUCCGUCUCCAGCCCUGCGAUGACACAAGGAGCCGUGAACCUGCUAGAGAAUAACCUGACAGCAGAAGACAAGGAGUUAUGGGUCGCUCUAGGACCCAACUGGACACAGCACAAGUCUGCUCUGAGGAGUCCCGUGGCUCCAUACACACCUUUGUUUCUGGACGGAUGGAGACCUGAUGGGUCUGAUGUCGCCGGUUGGGUCGAUCCUGUGGAAGCACAACACAAACAAGAUGCAAAAGUGGAGACCCAGCUCGCAGCGUCUCACCCCUUUGAUCGACACACUGCUCCCGAUCACAUGACAGACCAACUUGAUGGUCCUGUGAAAGAGAGAUUGUACCGCUGCAGUUACGAUUUCGUUGCACGAAAUAACAGUGAGCUCUCAGUAAUGCAGGGAGAGACACUAGAGGUGAUUGAAUCAUCUAAACGCUGGUGGAAGUGUCAAAAUAAGUUUAAUGAAAUUGGAUUUGUACCGUUCAAUAUCCUGGAGCCCAUCACACACAUCGACAAUGAUGUAACGCAUAAGACACCAAUGCCUCCUUCUGCUCCACAGAUAUUCAACGCCCUGCCCAGCCCGUCGGCCAUCACCUCAGACCCCAGCAACCCCAGCAGAUCCCGCAGCAUGGGGGGACAACAACAUCUGCCUGAAGACACAGAUAAAGUGAUGCAGGUAAAUGAUGAGUUACUUCAACGCUUGACCAGAGGGAAGAAUUUAACCCCUCGACUGGUGAUCCCUCGCUCGCCGGGCACUACGGCUCCGCUCGAUUACAGCUCACCUCCGGAUGAAGUGGAGAACUGGCUGAAAAAGAAAGGAUUCAGUGAACCGACGGUUGAGUGUUUAAAGAUUUUAAAUGGAGCUCAGCUGUUUUCACUGAAUAAAGAAGAACUGCGCGCUGUUAUUCCUGAAGAGGGCGCUAGAGUCUACAGUCAACUUACAGUACAGAGAGCCCUGCUGGAGGACGCUCGUAGAUCUUCAGAGUUGGAGACUGUGAUGGAGAGACAGAAGAUGAAGGUGGAUUUAAAAAUGGAGAGUGAAACUUUAUAAGAUCUACUGAUAAUUGAAUGUGAACACACACACAUGCAGAUUAAUGUUUAUGUCAUCUCUCUCUCACACGUGUGUUACUGCAAUGCAUAUUACAUUAUCAAUACUGCUUAACUUGCUAAAUAAAACAUUUUAUUUUCCUGUCUGUACUGACAGCAUGAAAUGAAGUUAUAAAUCUGCACAAUGUACAAACAUUUAAAUUGUCAAUGUAACAUGGCUUAAUAUAUUCUCAACUAAUAAAUAUUAUUCUUCUGUA